AUGGAGGCAUCUAAGAGUCUGGCUACACCGCGCUCGAUCUGUAGUGAGAGUUGCCUCCAUGGAUACUGGAAAGUCCUACUGGAAGGAAAACAGAAAUGCUGCUACUACUGUGCCCCCUGUGCAGAAAGCGAAAUCUCCAACCAGACUGAUAUGGGAACAUGCUUAGUGUGUCCUAACGAUCACUGGUCAAAUGAAAGAAGAGAUUCCUGUGUUCCAAGACCGAUUGAAUUCCUGUCUUAUGGAGACACACUGGGGUCAUCUCUAAUUAUUAUAAAUCUUACAUUUUGCCUUGUGACUAUAGUUGUGUUGGGGAUAUUUAUAAAAAAUAAAGAUUCUCCGAUUGUGAAAGCCAAUAACCAGAAUCUCAGUUUCAUACUUCUCCUCUCACUCAUCUUCUCAUUUUUAUGUCCUCUCUUAUUCAUUGGACGUCCCUCAGAUAUAUCGUGUCUCCUCCGACAAGUGACUUUUGGAAUCAUUUUUAGCCUUGCAGUUUCUUCAGUCUUAGCUAAAACAGUGACUGUAGUCUUGGCUUUUCAAGCCAUUAAACCAGGCAGGACACUGAGGCAGUGGAUGAAGAGAUACCUCUCCACAUCCUUACUUGUUAUAGGUUCAUCUGGAGAAGUUUUGAUCUGUGUCCUCUGGUUGUUUUAUUCUCCACCAUUCCCAGAUUAUAACACUGGACUAGAGGUUGGAAAGAUAAUCUUACAAUGUAUUGAGGGAUCUGCCAUUGCUUUCUACUUGUCCAUCGGCUACAUUGGAUUUCUGGCAAUGAUGAGCUUUAUUGUAGCUUUCUUGGCCAGAAGACUUCCAGACACCUUCAAUGAGGCUCAGUACAUCACCUUCAGCAUGCUGGUGUUCUGCAGUGUGUGGAUCUCCUUCAUCCCGGCCUACCUCAGCACCAAGGGGAAGUACACAGUGGCUGUGGAAGUUUUUGCCAUCUUAUGUUCCAGUGCUGGACUUCUGGGCUGUAUCUUCAUUCCCAAAUGUUACAUUAUUCUACUGAGACCAGAACUCAACACAAAACCAUCUCUUCAUUUAGCGAGACAUCUCCUGGUCUUCAUGUUCGCCAUAGAAGAAAUAAACAGAAGAUCUGACCUCUUACCUAAUAUCACUCUGGGAUACAAGAUCUAUGACUCCGGUGUGUUAGAACAUAAAGCUGUACAGAGUGCACUGAGUAUACUGUCAGGACGAGAAGAAGCCGUCCCCAACUACAGCUGUGAUGAGAAGAACAAAGUGGUGGCUUUUAUCGGACACUUGAUGUCUGCCCCCAGUCUGUCCAUAGCGGAGAUAACUGGGAUCUAUGGCUAUCCUCAGUGGACUGAAGGUGCAGGGAAGGUUGUGGAACAAGGGAAAACAGCCUUGUCAACAUCACUUGCCGGACCUGGGGAAACGCUGUAUGAGGAGUAUGAGGAGUAUGAGGAGUAUGAGGAGUAUGAGGAGUAUGAGGAGUAUGAGGAGUAUGAGGAGUAUGAGGAGUAUGAGGAGUAUGAGGAGUAUGAGGAGUAUGAGGAGUAUGAGGAGUAUGAGGAGUAUGAGGAGUAUGAGGAGUAUGAGGAGUAUGAGCAAGAGGAGUCAGAGGAGGAAUCACGAUUGGAGCACAUAGAACAAAGCCAGUUCAACAAGGACUGCAGCAAGCCAUCACGACACAAGCGACAGAACCACUGA